AUGCCUUAUGACUUUUCCGCUGGUAUCAUACGGACAGGGAAGAGCUACUGGUGUGGUUGCGCCAUUCACGACGAGCUCUUCCAUUAUGCUCAGUCGUACGCAACUGAGAUUAUCUCUGGAGACCAGCUUCAAAGCAUGAUUCAACGAAUUACGCUCGACUUCGUCCUCAUCCAGCUUAGCUGCGCCAGACAGGCUGCGAGUUGCCCAACACGAAGCAGCAAGAGUAUACCAAGCAAGAAGCGAUCUGCCCAAGACUUCGAGUCGCCCAGCACGAAGCAGGCCAAGAGUGAACCAGCUUCGCCGACAACUCUCCAGAUCACCACCUUAUCCUUGACGGAGGCAACACACUCGCACAGCGAAGAGCCCCUACAGGAUGAAGUUGCCGAGAGCACCGAUGGAGCCAAUCAGCAAAUCAUUCCUACAGCUUCUUCUGGGCAUCGUUGCCAUGUCUGCUCGAAGACGUACGCAAUUGUCAACACGGCCCUCCGCGUCCUGACCAUCAACAUCGCACUCUUUGCCAUUCACUUCUUGGCUAAAGAAACGCACGGCGUCAGGAAGGACUACCCCAGCAUUGGCGAGGAUCCUGAUUACGCAUACCUGGAAGAGGCUGAUGCAGUCCGACUGGCUGGGAGUAUCGGGAAGUGCAACGUCCAGUUCGGCCUAGCGAUCAAGCUCGAGUACCAAGACACUUGGACAUGGGUUGGUCCCUCAAAGAAGUCCACCGCCUCGACGACGAUCACGGACGCUCUUCAAAGAACCCAAUCAGAAGAGUUUUCAGGAUGA